AAAGAACCCAUAGUGCCACUUUCAUCUCUUCGUCAACAGCCGCCAAUUAUGAAUAUCAUUAAGCAUUAGCAUUCCCUUUUGCAUAUUUGAAGUAUCAUGCAUUCCUAAAGAAUUCACUCUCUUUAGCCAAUUCUCUGUCACAAUUCCAGGGAAUUCAAUUUCCUUGCAACAUAUUGGUUGAGCUAACCAUGAGUUACGACAAGGAACACCAAGUUCCGGCAGGUGAAUUUGCAGGGGUGUCUCCCCCACCAACGGCACCGUAUCCUCCGCCAAGUGCCCCGUAUCCUCCUCCCCCGGCUGUGUAUCCACCGCCAGCACAGUUCUAUCCUCCGCCACCGGAGUUUUAUCCUCCGCCACAUCCUCAUCCUCAUCCUCAUCCUCCGCCUCCUAUGUCCUAUUCAGCACAGGCCCAAGUAUACACUACAGGCAGUCCUUAUGUAGCUCCACCACCACCAACUUACCAUGGUAUUGGCUACGAUCAAAAACCACCUCCUCCUGCAAAAUCUAAGCGCAGCAGUGGUUGUGGGUUUUGGAAAGGAUGUUGUGCAGCCCUUUGUUGCCUAUGCUGCUUGGACAGUUGCUUCUGUUGCUUCGAUAUGUGCUUCUGAGGAUUGCCAAAUGCAUAGAUAUAUACUGUGUACUCUGUGUGUACUUUAGUUACUUCUAUAGAUGAACAUAGCUACAAUAUGUAUUCUUUUUAUACUCCGUAAUACAGACAAUCAUAUAACACAGAUUGUUUCUCAAUGAAAACAAGCAGCUCUUUUCUCUAA